AUGAAUGCCUCUAAUCGUCGUCACUUUAUCCAUGUGUGCUGCUUUGUUGUAUUUUUAUUUAUUUUCGAAAUAUUAGCCGGUGGAAUUGUCAUUUUUUCAUUCACUGAUAAAUCUUCUCCAUCUAUUGAUCCUGUUCAAUUAUAUGGUUUACCGUUAACAAUAUUCAUCUAUUUUGUUCGUUUAUUAUCGUUAUUACCUUUACCAUUAGUUUUAUGUCAUACAUUUGGUUUGUUAUUUUACAAUGUUUUUCCUGAACGCCCUGAUCUUCAUAAUUCUCCGCUAUUAGCACCUUACAUUUGUAUUAGAGUUGUUACACGCGGUGAUUAUCCAGAUUUAGUUCGUACAAAUGUUAAACGUAACUUGGACACAUGCUCAAAAAUUGGUUUAGAUAAUUUUAUUGUAGAAGUUGUUACCGAUAAAUUAAUUAAUCUGAAUACAACAUAUUCACAAAAACAUAUUCGAGAAAUAAUUGUACCAAAAGAUUAUCGAACAAAGACGGGUGCUUUAUAUAAAUCACGUGCAUUACAAUAUGCACUUGAAAAAGAUGUAAAUGUAUUACGAGACCAAGAUUGGAUUGUUCAUCUUGACGAAGAAACAUUAUUGACAGAGAAUAGUUUGCGUGGAAUUUUAAAUUUUGUUAAUGACGGACAAAAUUCAAUAGGACAAGGAUUAAUAACUUACGCAAAUGAAAAUAUUGUAAAUUUAGUAACAACAUUGGCUGAUAGUAUGAGAGUCGGAGUCGAUAUGGGAUGCUUAAGAUUUUGUCUUAAACAACUUCAUAAACCACCGUUCUUAUUCAAAGGAUCAUUUGUUGUUUGUCAAGCAGCAUGUGAAUUAAAUGUCACAUUUGAUAAUGGAAAAGCGGGCAGUAUAGCUGAAGAUACAUAUUUUGCAAUGUCUGCAAUGGCAAAAAAUUAUCGAUUUGGAUGGAUUGAGGGAGAAAUGUGGGAAAAAUCACCUUUCACAAUAUGGGAUUUUUUGCAACAACGUAAAAGAUGGCUUCAAGGAAUACUGCUUGUUGUACAUGAUAGAAAAUUACCAUUGCGCGUUAGAUUUUGUUUAGGUAUUGCAUUGUAUUCUUGGAUAACUUUACCAUUGACAUCAUCAAAUGUUGUUUUAACUCCGUUAUGUCCAAUACCAUUACAUUGGUCAUUAAAUUUUAUAAUUGGUUAUGUUGGAGCAGUAAAUAUUUAUCUAUACAUAAUUGGGGCUGUUCCAUUCGUUAAAGACGAGCAAUCAUCGUCCUCAGCAAAAUCCUCAUCGAUGAGUUCAUCCGAGGAGGUAUCAUGGAUAUCAUGGUUUUGUGGUUUGCGUGGUAAUGAAUUUUUUUGUGAAGUUGAUGAAGAUUAUAUCCAAGAUAAAUUUAAUUUAACUGGCCUCAAUGAACAAGUGCCACAUUAUCGUCAAGCAUUAGACAUGAUAUUGGAUUUAGAACCAGAUGAUGAAUUAGAUAAUCAAGAGAAUCCAAAUCAAUCAGAUCUGAUUGAACAAGCAGCUGAAAUGUUGUACGGUUUAAUACAUGCACGAUAUAUUUUGACAAAUAAUGGUUUAUCACAAAUGUUAGAAAAAUUUCAAAAUGGCGAUUUUGGUUUAUGUCCAAGAAUUUAUUGCGAUAAUCAGCCAAUGCUUCCAAUUGGUUUAUCUGAGGUGCCUGGUGAAGCCAUGGUCAAGUUAUAUUGUCCAAAAUGUAUGGAUGUUUAUACACCAAAAUCGAGCCGUCAUCAUCAUACAGAUGGAGCUUAUUUCAGUACUGGUUUUCCACAUAUGCUAUUUAUGGUACAUCCAGAAUAUCGACCGAAACGACCGACUAAUCAAUUUGUUGCAAGAUUAUAUGGUUUUAAAAUUCAUCAAAUGGCCUAUCAACUUCAAUAUCAAGCAGCAGCGAAUUUUAAACAAACAACAGCCGUUACCAGACCAAUUCAAACGAUAAUUAAAGACUGA